AUGCAGCAGAAUGGCGCGAGUAACUCCAACGGCUGCGAAGGCGGCGGCGGGGAGGGAGAUCGGCACUCUCCGUCCCGAAGCCCCCUGCUACCGGCGGCGACGACUCGGGUGAGGCGUUUCAUCCAGGAGCGGCGAACGCUGCCGCUGCCCAAAGUCAUGGUCGUGUUCUCGGCCGCGAGUGACGCUGACAAAGCCAGCGAUGCUAUAGCCGACGAAGACUCCCGGAAACCGGCCUCCCCGGCAAGCGUCGGCCGAGGCAAGCCGCCGCGCUGCCCGUUGAACGCCGGGCAGGAACAAGAGUUCCCUGAGGUGAUCUCCUUGAACGUGGGCGGCUCUCACUUCACCACCCGCCUGUCCACGCUGCGCCGCUAUGACGACACCAUGCUUGCCGCCAUGUUUAGCGGGCGCCACCACAUCCCCCGCGACACUGACGGCCGCUUCUUCAUCGACCGGGACGGCGCCUACUUUGGGGACAUUCUGAACUUCCUGCGUGAGGGUGAACUGCCCCAUCGCGAGCGAAUCAGGGCGGUGCACCGCGAGGCCCAGUACUACUCCAUCGCACCCCUGCUGGAGCGCUUGGAAGACACGCAACCGCUCACUGGAGAGAAAGUGCGACAGGCCUUCCUGGACCUGCUGCCCUACUACAAAGAUAAUCUGGAGCGCAUCGUGGAGAUCGCCAAGCUGCGCGCCACGCAGAAGAAGGCACGCUUCGCCAAGCUGAAGGUGUGCGUUUACAAGGAGGAGACGCCCAUCACGCCGUACGAGCGGCCGCUUUUCAACUCGCUGCGUUUCGAACGCCCCGAGGGCGAGGCCAACCUCUUCGAGCACCACUGCGAGGUGGACGUCACCUUCGGGCCGUGGGAGGCGGUGGCCGACGUCUACGACCUGCUGCACUGCAUCGUGGGCGACCUGUCGGAACGCGGGAUCGCCGCCGAGCAGCAGUGCAUCGGCGUGUGCGACAAGCACCUCGUCAAUCACUACUACUGCAAGAGGCCCAUCUAUGAGUUUAAGAUCACGUGGUGGUGA